AUGGACUCAUUUAAACAAACAGUCGCCCUUUACACGGUUGGUGGCUCGGGAACCGCGUUGAAUUUCGUGCUCCUGUACUUGAUUUCAACCGAUAAAGCGAAAGGCGGCGAUGGAUAUCGUCGAAUGUUGGCCAUUGUCACUGUUUUCAAUGUCUAUUACGCUUUCGUGCAUUGUGUUUGCGACUUGGUUUGUCUCGAUGGCAGGGCAAAGAAGCCCGUCAGGCAAGGGCAAAUCAAGGCUUUCAUCAUUGACGAGAGCGGUUUUCUCGUGUUCAGCAAGAAUUUGCACAAACUAGGCUUUUGGUAUUCAUACGUGAUGACCACGGUUUACAUAAUCGCUUUUGAAAUGUCCCUUUCUUUGCUCGGGAUUCACUGCUUUUAUCGAUACGCAAAGAUCACAGGCAAAUACUCAUCGAUUUUUGAGAAAUGGUAUAUGAUAUUAUUGGUGGUAAUUGGGUAUUUCGUGAUUGCGAUCAUUUAUGGACUGAAUUGUGCUCUCGAUAUGGCGCCAUCCCCGGCCAGUGAUUUGCUGCGACGAGAUGAGCUCCGGAUUCGAUAUAAUGUCAGCAUUGAUGGACUGGGAUAUAUGGGACCUGUUUACAAGUUAAAAAACCCACAAACAGGCAAAGUGGAGAUUCUUUUCGGGAAUAUGCUCGGCUCUUUGAGUUGUCUGAUUGUUCAAAUGAUUAUCUUCACUGUUAUCUGCGCGUGUGGAUGGAAAUUGUCUUCCAUUGCACGAGGUGGCUAUGUACAUGCCGAUCAUGAUUGCCAGCUAUUCUCCCGCCGAGGCGCUCAUGGUCAUUUUUGGUUUCACGGCCUAUCGACGCCGGAUCUUGAAAAUGGUCAAAUUGAGAUCCUCGGAUGUCUCUGUUCGUCAACUCAGCGAGAUCCGUCGCCCGGCAAUCAGCAACUUGUCCAUAAUUUCAAAUGGAAA